AUGUCUUCAGACUCAUUUUCUGCCACCUCUAAUGAACCUCGUGUUCAAAGACGUUUUAUCAAAAGUCCAGAUAGUAAAGUUCGUGAUGAUACUCUUGCCAAAAUAAACCAAGAAAUCAAACAAAAAGAUAUUGCCUUAGCUGAAAUCAAUGCUCAAUUGAAAAAAGCUGUUACUGAUCCAAAAGUUUCCAAUGAACGUAAAACCUUGAUUGGUGAAUUGAAUGAAUUAAGAAAAACUCAAGCUGAUUUCAAAGGUAAACGUGAUUUAAUCAACAACAAGAUCAAGGAAAUCGAUGCUUCAUUGAAAAGAAAAAUUGGAGAAGUUCAAGCCACCACUUCAAAGAACAACUUCAAAUCUGCUGAAGAAAUUGAUGCUAGAAUUAAGAAAAUUGAUGAUAACAUUUCUUCAGGUGAUAUGAAAUUAGUUGAAGAACGUUUAGCUAUUAAAGAAAUCACUUCAUUGCGUAAAUUACGUAAAGAUUUUUCCGGUAUUCAAACCCAACAAAAAUCAAUUGAUGCUGAUAAGGAAAAAAUUGCUGCAUUGAAGAAAGAAUUAUCAGGUUUAAACUCAAAAGAAGUUUCUGCUAAAUAUGAAUCAAUCCAAAAACAAUUAGAUGAAUUGAAUUUAGACAACAAAUCAGUCAACGAUAAAAGAACUUCAUUAUACAACAAGCGUAACGCUUUACAAAAAGAAAAAGAUGCCCUUUACAACUCUAUCAGAAAGACUAGAGCUGAUUUUGAUGAACAAUACAAACAUUUCAAACAAGCUUUAGCUGAUGAAAGAAAAAGAGUUGCUGAUGAAGAAGCUAAGCUUAAAGCUGAAAAGGAAAAAUCUGAACGUUCAAGUAAAACUUCUAAAAUCUUGGCUGAAGCAACUCAACCAGCUUUUGAAGAAGAAAUUGACACUGUUCAUACUUUAUUGAAUGUUUUUGACCCAUCUUACGUUAAACCAACCAAAUCAAACAAAUCAGCUUUAGAAAAGUCCACUUUUGUUACUGAAAGACAAGGUAGAGUUAUUGAACAAAGUACUGAAGAUGAAAUCAUCAAGAAAGACGAUAAUUUGUUCUUUGCUGGUUCAGGUCCACAUAAAUCAUCUAAAAAGGGUAAAAAAGGUUCAAAGAAAUUUACUUUGGAACCAGAUGUUAUUUCUUCAUUAGGUGAUUUAGAAAUCCCAUUACCAUUAUCUCAAGAUGAUGUCCCACAAACCGUUGAAGCUUUGAAAUCUAAAUUACAAACCUUCACUGCUACUCAAGAAGAAACUACCAAGAAAAACAUUGAAGCUGCUAAAGAAAAGAUUGCUAAAUUAGAAGCUGGUUGGGCUAAACAAGACGCUAAAGAAGCUGAAGCCGUUGCUAAAGCUGAAGCUAAAAAGGAAGCUGAAUCCAAAGAAGCUGCUGAUCAAGAAUAG